GAUGAUUUUCGGGAAAUGGAAGACAAAAACAAAAUAUCUCACCACACCAAUAAUGGAAAGAUUUAUCAUUGUUCAGACAAUGAAAAAUCACCAAAAACGUUUAAGUCUAGGAAAAGAUGAAUUCUCGGUGUAG